UUUGCUUGAAGAACAGGCUUAUACAGCCGCGGAAGAAGGAAGUCCACACACGUAAAAGCGGCGCUCAGUCAUAAGGUGCACAUUUUCAUUUCGAAGCGCGCAAGGGAUCGAAGCAAGUGGCACAAACUGUUCUCCCAACGCAUUUCUCCCUCGGAUAACUGACCUUAAAAAGCGGUUGACUGCUGACCGAAGACGUCUGGCGAUGUUGACAGAGAGAAACUGCAAAGUGUCGUUGAGCCUCUGGCUGUACAUUUACGCCACAGGGUGGGCUACUGCUGCCAUAACAAACAGCACCCUGGUAACCCCAGAGUCAGCUACAACUUCUCAAAAUCAAGGAGCUGGGGACACAUUGGCAGCAGUUACAAACAACAGCAUUUCUGUGAAUCAGACAUCAUCUGCUUCAUCUUGGUGGAGUAACACCACUAAUGGCUAUGUUAGCAUCUUCAAAGAGACAACUGCCAAACCACUUCAAAAUAGUACAGAAAAUGUCACUUCAUUGGCCUAUUCCAGCACCACACCGUUUAUUGAAAACACCACUUGGGAUGAACAGAACAAGAGCCGUGGAGGGGUCAACACAAGCACUUCCACCACUACAGCAGUUGUGAGUAUAUACACGCAGACUCCCACAGCAAAUUCAUCCUUGACUGGUAAAACAACAAGUAAAGAGUACACCACAACCAACAAGAUAUCAGAAACCCCUUAUUACACCACCAAAAAUCAGAUUCUGGUGUUUUCCAUUACAUCUUUGAGCAGCAGCAAAGUGGGAGAUCCCCGUUCUCCAAAUAAAGGCCAGGCCAGUACCGCUCAAAGUGAUGAUCUUCCUUCAAGUGGCACGAAAAUCUCAGAUCCUGCUCCAGCAAUAGCUAUAGGUGCUGUUCUUAUUGUGCUUUGUUUACUGGUCGCAGCAUUGGCCUGGAAGAAAAGAGGACAAUAUAGUCGUUUGAAGGAUGAUUCUGCAAAUGAAAGUCAGAGCAAUUACAUCAACCCGGUGUAUGAGGACCUCUGAAAUGUUACAGUAUUGUUACAACUGGUUAAAAGCACCCCAGAGUGCAGAAGAGUACUGAGGAAUGCUUAUGAAGCCCAUCAAUACCAGGUCAUGGAGUGCAGUGAGCUCAAGAUGUUUAGUGGAAAGCAUCACACAAACAGGAGGAAUUUUGCUAAUGGAUAGGGCAUAGAAAAUCCUAUCAAAAAUAUCAAUGUAAAGACAAUAUAAAAAAUUUGCUAUUCACUUCCUAAUCUUUCCCCCAAUUGAUUUAAAAUUACUUAUUUUCUUUAUUUUUUUUAUUCAAAUAAUGGAGCGUGACAGGCAAAGUAACCACUACAAAAAUAGAUAUCCAUCUAUGAAAAUUUUACAUUUAUCUAUAUUCUGUAAAGUGGUGAAAAAGAAUUCUCUUUUACCACUUUAUGCAUGGAAAAAGGACAUUUGAUUUUAGGGUUGUGCUCAUUAAUUCUUCUCUAGCAUGGAGACUUCCAUCCAAGGUUCCAAUUGUGCUGUUAAAAGUGACAUGUCGAGUUUAAGUAAAGGUUUUUUAGUUACAUAAUUUAAAGAUACAUCUGUUUAAUAGUUAAUUGCCCAUGUUAUCUUCAAAGAACCCAAAUAUUCCAUGCAUGGACACAAUAUUGUGUUGAGAAUGCAUCACAGAGAAGGUGAUCCAUAUCAACUCCAAUAUUUCCUAUACAUUUUUUCUCCCAUAGUCCAAAUGCAUCCCUAGUGUAUCUGUGUAUUCGGACUGUGAUGGAUUAGUGACAUGCCCUGGGAUUGGUCCUGUCUUGCACCUUAUACUUGCUGGGAUAGGCUCCAGCUUCCCCACAACUCUGCUCAGUAUAAAGGUGGCUUGGAAGGUGAAUGGGUGAAGAUAUAUAUA